ACAAAUGAAUGGAAGAAUUGCGACAGGCAGCGUGGUGUUUACUACAUAACCUUAUUUUGUAUAGUUUUUCUUUGGUUUUCCUUUUCUUAAAUUUUUAAGGAUAAACGUGGUUGUGUUGAAUACUAAAGGAAAAAAAAAAACACACACACACACACAAAAAUGGAGUACAUGAGUGAACUUACUUCAGGCGAAAAUGUUAAAACUCGAAUUCUUUGUUGCCAGUGUGGAACUACAAUUGAACCAAACUCCGCCAACAUGUGUGUACCUUGUUUACGGACACAGGUCGAUAUUACCGAAGGAAUCCCCAAGCAAGCAGUUUUGUACUUUUGCAGAGGAUGUGAAAGGUACUUGCGGCCGCCGGCAGAGUGGGUGGCCUGCCCCCUGGAGUCGCGGGAGCUGCUGGCCCUCUGCCUGCAGAAGCUGAAGGGCCUCAACCGGGUGAAGCUCGUCGAUGCUAGCUUCGUGUGGACCGAGCCUCACUCCAAGAGAAUCAAGGUCAAGUUGACUGUCCAUGGCGAGGUCUUAGCGGGCACGAUACUGCAGCAGGUAUUCGUCGUCGAGUACACCAUCAACCACCAGAUGUGUGAAGAUUGCCAUCGGACGGAAGCUCAAGAUUACUGGCGUGCCUCUGUUCAAGUGAGGCAGAAGUCAGAAAACAAGAAAACUUUCUACUACCUGGAACAGCUCAUACUGAAGCACAAAGCACACGACCGCACGCUUGGGAUCAAGCCGAUACACGAGGGGCUGGACUUCUUCUAUUCGACGGAGGCGUACGCUCGCAAGAUGGUGGACUUCCUGGUGUCUGUGCUGCCGUGCAGGUUCCAGCACUCCAAGAAGCUCGUGUCGCACGACAUACACAGCAACAUAUACAACUACAAGUUCUCUUACAGCGUGGAGAUAGUGCCCCUGUCCAAGGACAGCGUGGUGUGCCUGCCCCAGAAGCUGACCCGUCAGCUGGGGGGCAUCAGCCCGCUGUGCCUCGUGUACCGGGUCAGCAACGCUGUGCACCUCAUCGACCCGGCCUCCGCGCAGAUUGCCGAGGUGAGCGGGACGGUGUUCUGGCGCAACCCUUUCAGCUCCAUCUGCAACCCCAAGCAGCUGACGGAGUACGUGGUGAUGGACCUGGAACCCAUCAAGGAUAAGGACAGGAAGCUGUUCCCAGGACAAGGAGCCAUUUCCAGCAAGCACGUGCUGGCUGAUGUGUGGGUGGUGAAGGCUUCGGAGCUCGGGAUUACCGAGAACACAGUGCAUUCCAGAACCCACCUCGGCCACAUCCUGAAGCCAGGGGACUCCGUUCUUGGGUACGCGCUGGGCGACAGCAACGUGAACGACCCCAGCUUCGAGCGGCUGGACGCGGCCCGCGUGCCGGACGUGCUGCUGGUGAAGAAGCACUACGGCGACCGCCCGGCCCGCCGCCGCAAGCGCGCCUGGAAGCUGAAGCAUCUCGCCGACGACCGGGGGAGCCUCAACUCUGCCAACAACGACUACCAGGAGUUCCUGGACGACCUGGAGGAGGACCCGGCGCUGCGCCAGAACGUCAACAUCUUCCGGGACCGCGACGUGCCGGUGGACGCGGACGAGCUGGACGACCCCACGGACCCGCGCAUCACCCUCGAGGAGAUGCUGGACGACUUGUGCCUGGACGAGGAGCCCAUGGAGGCGUGAGGCCUCUCGGCAGUGGCCACCAACUUCGAAUAAACUACUUCAUUACUCUGUAUACUUGCACAGGUUAUGAAAUAAGGCGAGACAUAUUUUUGGCAGGUGUUGGUGCGGAUAUCCGAACUUUGACAACCGAGUAUUACCAAUUACCAGGGGCAGGCGUUUUUUCGCGAAAAGAUCCUGAACGCUUGAUAGACUGCAAACAAGGUGUACCCGAAACCUGCGGUUUGUCCCUCGCGAUUGGCGGCCGUCCGCGAGAGAGGAAGUCGUUUGCCUUGUUCGACCGAGCCAUUCGGGACGCGUUUGCUUUCGCGCCGAAUCACCGUGAUCGGUGUUGUUACAAUCGAUUCGUAUCCGGGGGAGAAACUCGCCCGAUCACGAAACACAGACGAUGCUACAGCUAGUCUCGAAAUCUUUUAGCGAAAUCUGCAUGCUCCUACUAAUUACUAGCGCUACAUUAAUCCGUGUUUGUUUUGUUCAUUAGUCCGUUUAUCCAGCUUUUAAAAGUCUGAAUAUCUGCAGAAGCAACUGCGGAAAAAGGUCUCACCUUAUCUUAAACAGAUUGUAACCUACAAAAAUAAUUGUAUUUAUCCAGUAAAAUUGGCUGAGGGCUAAGAAAAAUAAGUACGUACAUUUCGUGUCAAUGCUUUGCUUAAAGUUUAAGGUUAGAGUAGCCGCGGGCCAACUGUUAAGUUUUAUACAAUCUUGGUGAUCAACACUUGGAUACAAGUAAUUUAGCCAACAUGCAUGUUAAAUUCAACAUGUGGGACGAGUAUUGUCAUUAAAUUGAAAAAUGUAAUAUCAUUAACUGGUCUUUAGUUGUUCAUCUAAACAUGUACCAACUUAAGCAAUACAGUGGAGAAUUGUAGGCACUGUCAGUUCACUGUGUGCUUGGAAGGACAGAGAAAUUUUUUUUGGAAUGUGACUAAAUUUUUCACUUGUGCUGCACAAUUGUGUGUAUCUAUCAGAGGUUCAGUUGUCUGAUGCAAACAUGUCACUUUCCACAUUUAUAUUUACCUUGGUACACACCUGUAUUUAACGAAGCUCUGUUUCUUUUGAAAAUGGUACAAACACCCAACAUUUUCAUACCUCUUUGUCCUAACUGUGAGUGACUUGUCAUUUAAGCCUGUAACUGACUAAUUUUUAGUCAUGUUUUGUAUUUUAGUGCUUGUCUACCGCAAGGAACUGUCUGUACGUAUGUAUUAUUUUUGUGACAGUUUCAUUAUAGCCUGGUAGCUUAAACAACUGUGUUUGGUGAGUCGUUGGUGGCAUAGGUGUCUGUACAUGGUCAUAAUAAAUAUUUUUUUGAAAACUA